CGCCGGCGCGUCACUUCCGGGCGGUGCAGCGGCGGCCGCUUGGAAGAUGGCUGCGCCCUGUGGCUCGGAGCUGCCCGCCAACUCGCCGCUAAAAAUCCCGAAGAUGGAGGUGCUCUCGCCGGCUUCUCCUGGAGGCCUGAGCGACGGAAAUCCUUCGUUGUCCGACCCUUCCACGCCUCGGGGUGCCUCCCCGCUCGGGCCAGGCAGUGCGACGGGCUCGGGGGCAGCGGCGUCCGGGGGUCUCGGGCUGGGGCUGGGGGGCCGCAGCGCCGCCUCGUCCUCGGUCUCCUUCUCCCCUGGUGGCGGCGGUGGCGGGGCUGCGGCAGCUGCCGCCGCCGCCUGCCGGGGCAUGUCGUGGACGCCAGCCGAGACGAACGCGCUCAUCGCAGUGUGGGGCAACGAGCGGCUGGUGGAGGUGCGGUACCAGCAGCUGGAGGGAGCCGGCACGGUGUUCGGCAGCAAGGCCCCCGGGCCAGCCAUGUACGAGCGCGUGUCCCGGGCCCUGGCCGAGCUGGGCUACGAGCGGACCCCGUCUCAGUGCCGGGAGCGCAUCAAGCUGGUUCGAUGCCCAGAACUGAAUGCUGUGCUCCAGCUGUGGCCUCACCGGUGCUGAAUAGAGAGGAAGAGCCACCUCCAUAGCUUACAUGUGAUUCCUCUGCUUAUACAACCCAAUACUGGAUUUACUUACUUUGGCAAGAUAGCUGCAUUGUGCACUGUAUUUAAUGUUACGUGUACUGUAACCCUGGGUCUUUCUCUGCAUUGCUGCCGUUAAACCCCCAAUCCUGCCAAUCUACAACCCCUGCCUUUGUUUACCUGACUCCCUCCCCUGUAGACUCCCCACACAUUCAUCCACAAUGAAUGUCAUCUUUUUAUUCUCUCGUUUCCUUUUACUCUAAUAUUAAACUUGGCAAAACUUUCCCCCUCUGUCCUAUAAAUUAUCUGUUGUCAGCCAUCUUACUUUCCCCCCUGCUUUGGUAAUGGGACAUCUUUCAGAUCUUUUCUCUGGUUCUUUCCUUUUUGUAGUCAGUAAGCACCUGGCCUGGUGGAUUUAGGAAGCAUUUACCUGGCAUUUCUUCCAAAUCAAAUACUCCUGAACUCCUCUGGUUUGACCGCCUGAUCCAGGGGUCCCCUGUGCUUCAGUUCUCCUGUCUGGAUUAUCUUGGCUCCUCCUGGCCUCUGUCCCCAUGGCUUCAUUCAAGAAAUAGUAUUAUCUCACAGCCCUUCUUCCAGGGAAGGCGCAGAAAUGUAAUAUCAAUUUACCAGGGAAAUUUCUGACAGUAAGGCAAAUUAUUAUUUUAAAUUGUGAAUAGUUUUUAAUUAUUUUAAGCCAAUUUCCCCCCAAGAUCUUAAUUUUUAGAAAACCGUUAGAGCUUAAGUUACUGUAGAUUUCCAAAAUGAGGGAAGGAAGAGAAGAAGGAAGGGAAGCAAGGUUUUUGUGUUGACUGGGACGUGGCUGUCUGUCAAGGCCAAAGUCAGGCUCCUGUUGGAUUUGGUAGCCGUCUGAAAUGGGAGGUGAGACUUCUGUUUGUCCUGGAUUCAGGGGCGUUAUUGUAACCUCAGAUUCAGAGUUUGCUUUUAAGUUGGUUUAUUCAGGGCUGUUGACACAGACAUACAGUCUUUUAAUUAUAUGCCUUGGUUAAGCAUUGAGAGUGUGGAAAGCAUGACCUUUUUUUGAUUUAUUAUGGUCUCUAUGGGUCCUUUUUAUCCAUCUCUAAAUUCUAUCAAGUUUAACUAAAUCCCAUUGUUUCUUAUAGUAGGAGUCAAACUGAUGUUAGAGUUCAUUACUUUUUUCCCCUUAGUUCAUGUGUCCUAUUUAAACAGCCUCUCCUUGGAACUAUGGUCUUUACUGAACCCAGAAGUUACCUCUUAAGUGUAUUUAUAUCUUGAGACAGUUCAAGUCAACUUGGAGAUCUUUUUCGAUAUUAUUUCAAUACACCAGAUUCCUAUCAUGGAUUUAUAAGUUACCAGACAUCUUCAGAAACCCGAUAGAUAUUUUACAGAUCAGCAUAUUGCACUAUAAAAGCGUAUUACAAAAGUACACCACAAAAUAAGAGGUGGCAAGAUCUGUCAGCCUCCUUUGAUGAAAUAUAAAAUACCCCACUAUUCUCCCGUAUCUACUACUAGUUUCCUUAUUCACAGUUACACAAGCUAAGUGAAAUUUUGAGCUCAAUUUUAUGGUUUCAAAGAGAAUAAGAGUCUGUGGUUUCCCACCAUGUGUAUUACCAAAGGUUGGUGGCUUUGCUGAUGCCUGAUAAGUGUGGUACCUUUCUUCAAAGGCAUGUUAGUUUCAUUCCCUGAUUUUUGUAAUAACCCUCAGUGGAAAAGCUGAUGGGCUGUUUUGUGUGCUGAAUGCUUUUCUCUAGGCAGUCAGUAAGGAGUGAGCAGUGGCCUGGUCUCCUUCUCCAUUUAUGGCCUUGGAAGGGUGAAAGGGGCAUGGUUGGGACUAUCCAUUUACGGUCCUUGGAGGAGUUGAAAAGAGUGGUUGGGGUGUUCUUGGAGGCAGAAAACUAGACAUUGUGAGAUAAAAAUAAAUUGUCAGGAGUUGUUUGCAAUUUAAAUUCCAAUCCCUGCAAGGAGGGCAGAGGGCACUGGGAAAAGGGACGAUGUAGAAGUUAAAUGAGCCCUGCUGUGAGGAUCUGUCUCCUUCCAUUGGAAGGUUUACCCGUGGCACGUGUUUCCCGAGUUUAUAUUUCUGGUUUGUUCUGGGAAGUUCUGUCUUAUGUGGUUGUGACUGUCCUUUAUAAAUAGAAGGAAGAAACACUUUUUAAGAGAUUGUUUUAUUGGAAACCUCAGUUCUCAAAGGCCUCAUUUGAGCUCCCCCAGGAGAGACCUGGAGAAGGGAGAAUGAAGCAGGCUAGGCUGGCUGGCUUUAGGGUGGGAGACUCUAACCACGGCUCUGCUUACGUGUGAGGAAGAUCAUCGUAUGUCCUGCUUUAUUAUGCUUUUUACCCAUCUGGAUUUCUGGCCUCAAGGGACAGAUUUACAAAAUAUUUGAAAGAGUAUCUUAUAGAUUGUCAGCUGCGAUUUAAAGAUACUGAACUUUCAAGGAGGCUCUAUAGAGAUGUUAAGAGUUGUUUUAGUUUGGUGAGUAGGGUUAAUAUAUUGGCUUAUGGAAAGUAAUCUCACAUUGAGGAGAAAUGCGUAUCCAUUAAGUCUGAAGUGAACUGGCUUUGCACAGUAGAGUUAGAAAGUAUUUGGGAGGCACCAGGGAAAAGGGGUCUUGUCUCUCAAGAAAAUUCUUAGAGUGAAACCUGGGAAAAUAGAAGAGGGAGUAUAAAUAACAAAGGGAGAAGGAGAUAAUAUAGAGACCGAAUGUAACUAAACUAAAUUUGGAAGCUGGGACUUAAAUUCUUGGUUUAUCUUUUGAAAUAGAAAACAGCAUAAGGGCUGGGCGUGGUGGCUC